CAGUUGACGUUAACGCAGCGCAGCGUGAACUACUAUUUGGCAGUGCAGUCUCCAAGAUAAACUAUAUACUCGAAUCAAGCGAAAAUGGGUUGCUGUGCGAGCAGUCUGAAGACGGAUGUGGAGCGCAGUUUGAGUGCCAGCGGAUAUGCCUCCAAGCGCAAUCGCAGCGGCAGCUCUGCCAGCAAUACUAACAGCAACAAGAGCAACAACAACAGCAGCAACACCAACAGCAAGUGCAACAGCAACAGUAACAGCAACAGUUGCGGCAGCAACAACAGCAGCGGACUCGGCGGCAGCAAUCGCAGCAUCUGGAGUCGCAGCCAAUCGCGGCCCAUUUGCGAUGACUUUGGCGAGCGGCCGCUGGCCGAGGUUGAGCAGGAAUUGGAGCGCUCCUGCGGCUAUCAUACGUGCAGCAGUGCAGCAUCGACGCCCACCAAGCACCAGCUGUGUCGCACCCAGGAUAUGGAGCUGGCCAAUCGAAGCAGCGUGAGCUCCACCAACCUGGACCUGUCGCCGGACGUGGGCAACUUGGAAUGGGAGAUGUAUAUGAUGCAGCAUGCCCAGCGCAUCAUGCCGAAGACCUCGUCGCCCGUCUGCCAGCGACGCGAUGUCACCGUCGAGCUCAACUCACGCUCCUACCACAAGUGGCGCAACUAUUUGCAGAGCACGCCAGCCCACAUGCUGCACAAUGUCAGCCACAUACCGGAGGCGAUUGCCGGCCACUUCUGUCCCGUCGACUUUCCCGCCUUCACCGAUCUCGAGGGCGAGAUGGAGAGUGCGGCCAAGCGCUUCAAAGUGGAUACGGAAGCGUCUGCCUCCGAGGAUGGCUAUCCCAUGCAGCCGAUACAGUAUCAGACACAUACCAUCAGCACGGAUCUGUGAGCAGGACAACUGGACGGGCUCCGCUUGGUACGGAGUCGUUGCAGUUGUUCACACACUCACACUCACACUCGCACACACACAGCACCAUUCCAUUGAUCGAUUGCUGGCCGCUGGCAACAGGUUGUCAGUCAGUCGAUCAAUCAAGCAGUCAAUCAACCGCAAGGGAAACAAACAACUGUUCAACAGUUAGACAAUCACAAAAGCAAGCAAUAGCUCGGUCGAUCAGCGCAACAUUUUGAAAAUAGUUGUCCAUCAAGCAAACAACUCUCAAUCAAGCAGUCAAUCACAAUCAUGUAUAUAUGUAUCUCUGUGUAAAUAUUUACCGACAAUUGCAUAGCAAACAAAAUAUCUAUUCUUAAA